AUGCAAGAGCUUGGCUACGAGGCGUAUACCGUUGGGAUCGUGUGCGCUCUAGAGUUUGAGAUGAGUGCUGUCCGCUAUAUGCUGGACAAAGAACACACUCGUUUACCCAGAAAACCUGGCGACUCGAAUCUGUAUAUCCUAGGAGAGCUCAGCGGCCACAAUGUGAUCCUUGCUAGCCUUCCGGGCAGCCAGGGGAAGAGCGCAGCAGCCGCAGUUGCGAAAGAUAUAGCGCGCACAUUUCCAUCGAUCGAGCUGCGGUUAAUAGUGGGUAUCGGGGGAGGCGUGCCGAGCAGAAAGAAUGAUAUUCGCUUGGGCGACGUUGUCGUGAGUAUGCCGGACGGCCAGCAUGGCGGUGUAGUUCAAUACGACCUGGGUAAGAACACGGACAACGGUAUCAUCCUGAAAGGAUUUCUCUGGCCACCACCUGAGAUUCUGAGAAGUGCUGUGUCCAUCAUGCGGUCCGAUCAAAGGGUCUCGCAGAGCAAAAUUCCUGAGUUCAUGUUGGCCAUGUUUCAGAAGAGCGAUGAACUUCGAAUCUCGUACCAGCGACCUCUGGAGGCAGAUGAGCUCUUCCAAUUGGAAUAUCGUCAUGUUCCGAACAAAGCAACCUGUCAGCUUUGUGAUAGGACGAAAUUAGUUCAUCGUCAGGCUAGGGAACCGAUCCCGAAGAUUCAUUAUGGGCUCAUUGCCUCCGGAGAUCAAGUCAUCAGAAGCGCCUCAAAUGCGGCAGAAAUUGACGAGAGGGUGAGUGGCGAUAUUCUGUGUUUCGAGAUGGAAGCAGCUGGAAUCGCGACGGAGUACUCUUGCAUCGCCAUCCGGGGCGUCUCUGACUAUGCAGAUUCUCACAAGAACGAUACAUGGCAGCAUUAUGCUGCGAGCGUAGCUGCUGGGUGCGCCAAAGAACUACUAUCAUACGUGGACCCGCCGCAGCCUACCAUAACUAAACCCCACGGCCGUCAUGGGCCUGAAACGUCCAUCAGUGACCGUCCAGCUGCGAUUCCUGCAAAAUCCAUCUUCCGCGGCCAAGGAGUGCAAAACUCAGGAUACGGCAAUAUAUCCGUAAGAAGAAACUUGAACAUUGGCAAGAAUUAUCAGUAG